UUACCGUACAUAGGAUUCGCGCGGUUCAAGCAGAGUGUUUGUUGUUGACUUUCAUUUUGUUCUUCUUGUUGUUUUUCGGCUUCGCUCUAUCAAUGGCUUGUCCAGCUGACAGCACUGCACCUGUGGAGCUGAACCCAGUCCUCCUGCCUCUGAAUUGGCUGCUGGGAAGCUGGGAGUGUGAUGAACCUGGAGAGGGCACCUUCCCCACCAUUAAACCUUUCCGCUACACAGAACAGCUGCACUUCAGCCACGUGGGGCAGCCCGUCAUCAAUUACAUGUUCAAUGCGUUUCAUGCAGAGACCAACAAGCCGAUGCACAGAGAAUGUGGCUUCAUUCGAAUCCAGCAAGGGACCAACAAAGUGGCCCUGAUCAAUGCACAGAACACAGGUCUGGUGGAUAUCGAAGAGGGAGAGCUCACAGGACAGCAGCUGAAACUGCAGUCUCAAAGCGUGGCCCGGAUCUCUUUUGCAAAGGAGCCUCACGUGCAGCAGAUUUCUCGGGUCUUUCAGCUCCGACCAGAUGGGAAGCUGGAGCAGACGGUUACCAUGGCGACAGACAACCAGCCGCCAUCUCAGCACUUGCACAUCACUUACCGUCGCGCACUUUGACCCCGCGAUCAGAUCAACGAGGCGUCUCCCUCGUACACCUGCGGCCAGCAGGACGCUCUGGUUCUGGACCAGAACUGGGUCACGUUGGUCUUUUUGUGUGUCGAGCCGUACAGUUUGGUUUGUUCCAUUAGUCUG